AUGUCGUCUCCCAGCCCUGGCAAGAGACGUAUGGACACCGAUGUGAUUAAACUCAUUGAGAGCAAGCAUGAAGUUACCAUCUUGGGAGGAUUAAAUGAAUUCAUUGUUAAAUUUUAUGGUCCAUCAGGAACGCCUUAUGAAGGUGGAGUGUGGAAAGUGAGGGUGGACCUUCCUGAAAAGUAUCCGUUCAAAUCUCCCUCGAUAGGUUUUAUGAAUAGAAUAUUCCAUCCGAAUAUAGAUGAAGUUUCUGGAACUGUAUGUUUGGAUGUUAUUAAUCAAGCAUGGACAGCCCUCUAUGAUUUGUCCAACAUCUUUGAAUCUUUCUUGCCACAAUUGUUAACCUACCCUAACCCCAUCGAUCCAUUAAAUGGUGAUGCAGCAGCCAUGUAUUUGCAUAAACCUGAGGAAUAUAAGAAGAAAGUUCAAGAGUAUGUGAAAAAAUAUGCAACAGAAGAAGCAUUGCGGGAGCAGGAACAUACCUCAACAUCGACCGAGAGUUCCAUGUCGGAUUUCUCAGAGGAUGAGCCAUCCACUGUUGGCAUCUUUUUAACUACUGCUUCUUCCUGCUGUCUCGCAACCCCUCCCAUCAGUCAUUCCACCUUCCCCCUCUUUUCCCCUAGACCUCCCCCACACUUUCCCCUGUCAGCAACCUUUAUCAUUAUUCUUCCCCUUACAACUCCUAACCAAAGUCUGUCUGUGUUGGCGGAAAAAAUUUUAAAAAAUUAA